AUGACGGCAAUGGACGCAACAGCAAUCAGUACGGUAGUGAACGCAACAGCAACCAGUACGGUAGUGAACGCAACACCAAUCAGUACGGUAGUGAACGCAACAACAAGUUUUACGACAGUGAGCGACAAUAGUGAUAACUGUACAUCGUCAAUUAUUGAACUAGAAAAUGACGAUGCCUCCUUGGAACGUCUGGUCUUUUUGAGUAUCUUUCUCAGUCUGAUGUCCAUAAUAAUAAUAGUGGGUAACAUUUUCGUCCUGCUGGCUGUAACAAGGUUACCAAAACCACGGCGACCGACACGAUACCUUGUCAUUAACUUGGCAGUGGCUGAUCUUGGCCUGGGAAUAUUCAUUCUCCCCUUCUCGUCCUAUAACGAAAUCGUGUUGUGGCCUUUCGGGGAGAAAUGGUGUGUUGUGCAUGCUGUAGGUGACUCACUGCUCUGCAUUUCCUCUCUCUACACUUUAUGUGCUUUAGCUGUCGACCGUUUUAUCGGAGUUACCCGCCCUUUGAGGUAUAAUGUCAUAAUGACUGACCGGAUGGUGGUAGCUAUGGUGAUAGUAGUUUGGUUGAUAGCUUGGUGUGUGUCGUGUCCCCCGUUGUUUGGCUGGAGACAACCCCCAUCGGCUGACGGAACAUGCGGGAUUAGCACACAUGUGUAUUACGUAAUUGAAUCGUGUGCUUUCGGUUUCUUCCUUCCCUCCAUUAUCGUUAUGUGCCUGUAUACCAAAAUAUACUUAGUAGCACGUAAACACAUCUUUGACAUUUCAAAAAAUAUGAUUCCAUCAAAUAUAGACAUAGACGUGGACAGCGGAUGUGGUUCAAGUUUUAGCUCCUCUAUUUCCGGUUCCUCCCAAGACGUACAUAUAAGUAUGGUGACUUCAAACUGUCCGAACCAGGCAUUGCUUCUGAAAAAAAUUGCAAAAAUUAGGAUGGAAGUCCGUGCUGCGAAAACCUUCGGUAAAGUUUUGGGAAUUUUUGUAAUUUGCUGGAUGCCAUUUAUACUGGUAUAUCCUUUCGGUAGUCUUUGCUCAUCUUGUGUGAUACCGGAAUUAGCCUGGGAUAUAGUGUUCUGGCUCGGCUACGCCAACUCCAUGAUGAACCCAUUUGUUUAUGCCAUGUCGAGUCCUGAGUACAGGACGGCCUUCGGUCGGCUCUUGUGGUGUAGAGCUAGAAAUGACUCACAAGUCGACGUUCUGACGUCUGUGCCAAGACGAGCCCCUUUAAAUGUUUCGAACGACAAAUUCUAA